CCUCCUGCAGGGUGAGCAGAAACACUUUGAGUGGAUACUUCCUGGCUGGGCGAGACAUGGCCUGGUGGCCGAUCGGGGCGUCUCUGUUUGCCAGCUCCGAGGGGUCCGGUCUCUUUAUCGGGCUGGCAGGGACUGGAGCUGCUGGGGGCAUUGCUGUGGCCGGCUUCGAGUGGAACGCUACCUAUGUGUUGCUGGCUCUGGCUUGGGUCUUUGUCCCCGUCUAUGUGUCAUCAGGGAUUGUGACCAUGCCUGAAUAUCUCGGCCGCCGAUUUGGAGGAGAGAGGAUCCGUACCUACCUGUCUGUCCUCUCUCUGAUGCUGUCUGUCUUCACCAAGAUCUCAACAGACCUAUACUCUGGAGCUCUGUUCGUCCAGGUGUGUCUGGGGUGGAACCUCUACCUGUCCACUGUCCUCAUGCUGCUGGUGACCGCUCUGUACACCAUCGCAGGUGGGCUGGCUGCAGUCAUCUAUACAGACACUCUGCAAACCUUCAUUAUGAUCAUAGGAGCAAUCAUCCUCACCAUCACAGCCUUUAACAAGAUCGGUGGCUAUGGUAACCUGGAGCGUGUGUAUGCUGCGGCCGUGCCCUCCAAGGUCAUCCCCAACAGUAGCUGCCACCUUCCCCGGGCCGACGCCAUGCACCUGUUCAGGGACGCUUCCAGCGGAGACCUCCCCUGGCCAGGCAUGACCCUGGGGCUCACCAUCCUGGCCACCUGGUACUGGUGCACCGACCAGGUGAUUGUCCAGAGGUCCCUGUCUGCUAAAAACCUGAGCCAUGUGAAAGGAGCCUCCAUCCUGGCCUCCUACCUGAAGAUGCUGCCCUUCAUCCUCAUCAUCCUCCCUGGCAUGGUGAGCCGGGCUCUCUACCCAGACUCUGUAGGCUGCGUGGACCCAGAGGAGUGUGUGCGGGUGUGUGGAGCGGAGGUUGGCUGCUCCAACAUUGCCUUCCCCAAGCUAGUCAUUGAGCUCAUGCCCAGUGGGCUGCGAGGCCUAAUGAUUGCUGUGAUGAUGGCGGCGCUGAUGUCAUCGCUGACCUCCAUUUUCAACAGUAGCAGCACCCUGUUCACCAUGGACAUCUGGAAGAAGUACCGGCCCCUAGCCUCGGAGAGGGAGCUACUACUGGUGGGCAGGAUUGUCACAGUGAUCCUGGUGGUCAUCAGUGUGGUAUGGAUCCCCAUCCUCCAGUCAGCCAAUAGCGGACAGCUCUACGUCUACAUCCAAUCAGUGACCAGCUACCUGGCUCCGCCCGUCACGGCCAUCUUCACCCUGGCUGUGUUCUGGAGGAGGACUAACGAACAGGGGGCAUUCUGGGGCCUGAUGGUGGGGCUGGGGGUGGGGGUUUGUCGAAUGGUGCUGGAGUUUGCCUUCCCGCCCCCGCGCUGUGGCGUGCCUGACCCCGCCCCCUCCGUGCUGCGCAGCGUCCACUACCUGCACUUCGCCAUCCUGCUCUGUGGACUCACCGUCGCCGUGGUGAUACCUGUGUCCCUACUCACCCCCCCUCCCACGGAGGAGCAGUUGCGUAACCUAACCUGGUGGACAAUCUCUGAGGAGGUGGAGAGAGAGAUCCCCCUGCAGAAGAUGUCCUCUGUCAUCCAGCACCCCACCCAGGGUUCGGAGGCGGUUCGUAGGGUGACUUGCGGCCGGGCGGGGGGUCUGUGUGUGUCCAGCCAGGAGGAAGAUCCUCCAUCUCCCAGAGUUCCUAGCGUGAGGGAGAGUGUGUUCUGGUCCAGGUUCUGCUGUGCCAACGCCCUCUUCCUCAUCUGCAUCAACAUCUUCCUCUAUGCAUACUUUGCCUGAGUCUAUAUACGACACUACUACACUACACACUGCACACUAUAUAUUACACAACACACUCCACACUAUAUACUAUUUGUAUGUAUGUAUUUGUUUAUUUGUCAGGGACAAUGCAGUGCACAUUAUUACAUACAUAAAUAACAAUAUGUUGUAGAUGUGUUGCAUAAAAGGUUUCUAGCUAAUAGGCUAAUUUGCAACCCCAGUCCCUGGUCAGGCCUUUCAAAAAGUUUUAGAGAAAUAAAAUGUACUGCACAGUGUGAGUUACACAUCAAGCAGCAGAUACAUUAUAAAAUAAUAUAUUGCAUCAGCAUUUCACAGAUUCAUAACCACAUUACACACAACAACACAUCACGUAACAACACAAUACAU